GGGGGCAUCACCCGAUCACCUCAAUCCAAAUUGAUUUCAGUUUCUAGACGGGAAAAAAAAAGAAACGAAAACAAGAAGGCAGUUAAAACGAAACAACCACGCGGUGUCGGCUGUAAAACUCCCGCCAAAGCAAAAAUCCCAGUUGGCUCCACCAGCUAUCGCCGUUGGCUCUAGCCUCCAGGACCCACCAGCACACUCAACAGCCAUGCAAUAAAGAUCAGCCGCAUCUAUACGCACCGUCUCUUCGCCUCUCCACCUUCCACUCUUCUUCAGUUAAAAAACAACUUUUUAUUCGCUCAUUUACAGAUAAUUACUACUGCUCCUCUUCUUUUCUUCAGUUUAUCAAUUUCCAUUUCGUAACGCUCCUUCUCCUUCCGUCACCACUACCUUUUCCUCUACCAGCAGAAGCAGUCCAUGGCAGUUUAAAAAGAUUCUUCUGAACUCCGUCAAAAAAAAAUCCAAAUAAGCAAUACAACAGUUACCACAGUCCUUAAUUAUUAUUAUUAUUUUGUAAUAUUGAUCUCUAAUUCUUCACAUGUCGAGUCCGUCGGAUAGCUUAGGGAGGCCUUGUCUUGAGGGGUUCUCUAGUAAUGAAGAGAAAAGAGAGAGGAAAUCGGAUUUUGAGAACUCAGAGGAAGAAAGGAAGACUAGAAUUGGGAGUUUGAAAAGGAAAGCAAUGAAGGCGUCUAGUAAACUCAGGCGUUCUCUCACGAAAAGCAAGAAAAAAGGUACUGGUGGCUGCGGUGGUGGCGAAGGGGUUUCUGCUGCAAUUGAGGAUGUUCGAGAUGUUGAGGAGCUUCGGGUUGUAGAUUCAUUUAAACAGUUACUUAUGGCGGACGAUUUGCUUCCUGCUAGACAUGAUGAUUAUCAUAUGUUAUUGAGGUUCUUAAAAGCAAGGAAGUUUGAUGUUGAGAAAGCCAAACAGAUGUGGGCCAACAUGCUACAGUGGAGGAAAGACUUCGGUACUGACACAAUUUUGGAGGAUUUCGAGUUCAGUGAGUUGAAAGAAGUUCUAAAGUACUACCCUCAGGGUUAUCAUGGUGUAGAUAAGGAUGGGAGACCCGUUUACAUCGAAAGACUUGGAAAAGUUGAUUCCAGCAAACUUAUGGAAGUGACCACUUUAGAAAGAUAUUUGAGAUAUCACGUGCAGGAGUUUGAAAAGACAUUCACGAUUAAGUUUCCAGCUUGCUCCAUUGCCGCAAAGAGACACAUAGAUUCAAGUACAACUAUUUUGGAUGUGCAAGGACUUGGUUUAAAAAACUUCAACAAGUCCGCACGAGAACUCAUCAUUCAGCUCCAGAAGAUUGAUGGUGACAACUAUCCUGAGACACUUUGCAGAAUGUUUGUCAUUAAUGCUGGUCCUGGUUUUAAGCUGCUCUGGAAAACAGUGAAAUCUUUUCUCGAUCCCAACACAGCUUCCAAGAUUUAUGUUCUUGGUAACAAGUACCAGAGCAAGUUGCUUGAAAUAAUAGGCUCUAGUGAGUUGCCCGAGUUUUUAGGUGGUAGCUGUACUUGUACUGAUCAGGGAGGCUGUAUGAGAUCUGACAAGGGGCCGUGGAAAGAUCCGAACAUUUUAAAGAUGGUUCUCACUGGUGAAGCACAAUAUUCCAGACAAAUAGUAACUAUUUCAAAUAGUGAGGGCAGGGUAAUUGCUUAUGACAAGCCAUUCAAUCCAAUGAUAAAAACAAGUGAUACUUCCACUGCAGAGUCAGGAUCUGAAGUGGAAGAUGUUGGCUCUCCGAAGCCAACUGGGAGCUAUUUACUGCCAAGCCUGGUUCCUGUCUCUGAAGAAGCUAGGGUGGCUGGUAAGACGAGUGCUGCCAUUUUCCCUGAUAACAAUGGAAAUAUACCUAUAAUUGACAAGACAGUGGAUGCUGAAUUUCAAGAUUCAUCUACUUCCACAGGCACACCUUCUCUGUUAAGUGUAGAGAAGAUUUCAGAAGGAAUCUCUGCUCGUACCUGGGCUGUGCUUGUGGCCGUCUUCAUAACCCUUCUUGCUUUCUUCCGUUCAAUGGCAUUUUGGAAGGCCAAGAAACACUCUGCAUCUGAUUCUGCCAGUGACAUUACUGACCUGACCUUUGAAUCGGCGCCAAAGGAGGAAUUCCGACCCCCUUCUCCCACUCCAGGGUUUACUGAGGCAGACCUUCUUUCAUCUGUCAUGAAAAGGCUGGGUGAACUUGAGCAGAAGGUUGACACAUUACAGACAAUACCUUUCCAGAUGCCUUGUGAAAAAGAGGAGCUACUUAAUGCUGCUGUUUAUCGUGUGGAUGCAUUAGAAGCAGAGCUAAUUGCAACGAAAAAGGCUUUGCACGAAGCUUUGAUCAGGCUAGAAGAAGUUCUUGCAUAUGUAGAUGGUUGUGAAAAGGCAAGUUUUCAGAAAAAGAAGUUUUGCUGGUGAAGAGGUUUCUGCACAGGAGGAAUUUAUGUUGAUACCUUCGUUAAUUUCCAUAAUUAAUCUUCCACAGAUAUACAAGGUCCUUAUGCGUGGACUGUGGAGAGAUGCAAUUUUUGGAUGUACGUUGAGUAAAUCAGAGGAGAGGCCAAUUGUAGCUUAAUUGGCGUGUUGCUGUUAAGAGAAGAUACCAGAAUGAGAAGCGCUUUCCUGGCAUUUUGUCUAUUCUACAUGAAAUUGAAAUGCAAGCCUGUAGUGUUUAUUACUGAGAAUUUGCACCAGUAGGCACAGACCAUUAUUUGGGCAAGUAGCGUUGUGCCUUGUUUAUUAUAAAAAAAAAAUUACGCCUGAAGUCUUUUCACAUGUAGAUAGGGAAGUGUAAGGGAUGUGAACAUUGACCAAGAGGAAGAGAGGGAGAAGGUAGGAUCCCUGAUAAACAAUUUGCCCGGAUGCUAGGCUGCGAAAAGACGGCAAUGUAAUAACAGAAACGAUUUCACCUGAUCA